GGGGACUCCAAUGUCGGUAAGACGUGCCUGACCUUCAGAUUCUGCGGAGGAACGUUUCCCCGAUAAGACCGAAGCUACCAUAGGGUGGAUUUCCGAGAGAAACCCGUGACUAUAGAAGGAGAAACGAUCAAGAUUCAGGUCUGGGAUACAGCUGGACAAGAACGAUUCAGGAAAAGUAUGGUACAACACUACUACAGAAAUGUACAUGCAGUGGUAUUUGUGUAUGAUGUAACAAAACUGUCCUCCUUUGACCUGAAAGCUUGGAUUCAAGAAUGCAACAACCACUCAGUUUCGCCCAGUGUGCCGGUGCUGGUCGGCAACAAAUGCGAUCUCACCAAUGAGAUCCAGGUAUCUUCCAACAUAGCGCUCCGCUUUGCAGAUGCCAACAACAUGCUUUUGUUUGAGACGUCAGCAAAAGAUCCAAAAGAAAGUGACCAUGUGGAAUCCAUUUUUAUGUCCCUUGCAUGCAAGCUGAAGGCGCAAAAAACAUUGACGUUCCAGGAGAUGCCCAAAAGAGAUAGAAAAGUUCAUGUUUCACAGUCAAGUGCUAGGAGUACAUGUCCAUGUUGAGUGGUUUAGAGUGAAAAGGUGAGAGUGGAAGUUGUUAGACUGUGCCUGUGUCAGUUUGUUAAAACUGUUUGCUUGUACUUUAAUGUAUACAACAUUUGAGAAAAAAACUUUGGGAUCCAUAAGACCAAAAACACUCAAUUAAUCAAAGUUGUUUUAUAACGUAUCUAUAACCUUUCAAUGAUUUCAAAUAAACAUUGGCAUUUGGAAAGUAUCUUGUGAAACACUGCCAAGUUUGUAAAUAUGCAGUGAUGUGCAAGUUGAUAUGGUGGUGAAGUUGCCUUCUCAACUGUAUUGUUAAAGUUCUGGAUGCAUGAAAUAUAAGGGCUAUUCCCAUAAUUGUAUGCUAUCAAUGGAAAAUCACAUUCAAAGGGUAGACAGGUUAGAGAUAAGGCAACAACAUUGUAGCCCUGAUGCUUCAAUCUGUGCUCCCUGUUGGGUGCAUUGUAUUGUGGAAUUGGUGCAAGUCUGUGCUUUCAUCUCACCAGUGGUUUGAGUUUUGAACCUUGCUGUUCUAGGAACUGCUAUUCUUGGAAAAUCUUUUUCUCCCCUCCGAAAGGCCAAUAUAGGUUGAGUAGGCAGAAUAUAUGAAUGGAUAAAUGUUACAAUACAGUUGAUCAAUUUUUUAAUCUAUAUAUUUAAGUGCUUUACAGGAGGGAAUCUUAUUUGUGGAUGUCUCUCAAGAGAUCUCUGCUGAGAUUUCCAACUUUGAGUUCUUUCUGUCUCUCAGUCUCAGCCUCUUCUAUUGAUUUGCUAAAAGCCUGGUCCAACAACAAUGGAAAAUUCAGAUAAGCUUUGAGUGAAGCAAAAAGCCACUAAAAGUAGACAUGGUGGUUGAAGAAGUCAUUUCAAAUGUCUCAUCUUGAAUUGUGACAACAAAACUUUGUCAGAUAAAUCAAUAAUAAUCUCGAGAAAACAAACAAUUGCCAUUCACAACAUUUGACUGAAGGCAGUGAUUAGAUUAUUUAUGAGCUCUGGAGCUGUGACUGAAUAAGGAAUGGCAAAAGAAUGGUUCAC